CCGCUGCAGGCUGGUGGCGGCGGCGGCGGCGGCGGCGUUGGCGGCGGUAGCGGCAGCGCGGGGACUGCGGGGACAGAGGCAGCAGCGACGCCUGGGGAAGCCCGCGCCCCCGCCUGCGCCUCCGAGGCGCGCCCCGAGAGCGGGAGCGGGAGUGGGAGCGGCCCGCAGCGCCGCCCAGGGCAGAGGCGAUCGCCGGAGCCCAGAGAGCCAGCCGCGGAGAGCCGGGCAGCGACCGAGCGUGGGGGUGCGGCCCGAGGAAGACCCAGAGCGAGCCGGGGCCGAAGGAGGGCUUCGGGAGCGAGCAUCCCGCGCCGCAGCGGCAGAGGCGGCUUUGCCGGAGACAAAAGCCCUCCGGAGAGACGCGAUGCUGGGCUGGCGCGGGCUUGGGGGCCGCGGCGUCUGAGCGCGCCGAGCCGUGCGCCCCGGAGGCCAGGCAGGUCGCAGCGAAGGGCGGCGGGCGGAGCUCAGGUGCCUCCGGCCGCGGCGGGCCCGUAACCGCUUGGGGGGCGGCGCCCUCCCGCCGCAGCCGCAGUGGCCGGCGCCGCAGCGAGGAGCCAUGGGCAACAUCUCCUCCAACAUCUCGGCCUUCCAGUCCCUGCACAUCGUCAUGCUGGGCUUGGACUCGGCCGGCAAGACCACGGUGCUCUACCGGCUCAAGUUCAACGAGUUCGUGAACACGGUGCCCACCAUCGGCUUCAACACGGAGAAGAUCAAGCUGAGCAACGGCACCGCCAAGGGCAUCAGCUGCCACUUCUGGGACGUGGGCGGCCAAGAGAAGCUGCGGCCGCUGUGGAAAUCCUACAGCCGCUGCACGGACGGCAUCAUCUACGUGGUGGACUCGGUGGACGUGGACCGGCUGGAGGAGGCCAAAACGGAGCUGCACAAGGUGACCAAGUUCGCCGAGAACCAGGGCACCCCGCUGCUGGUCAUCGCCAACAAGCAGGACCUGCCCAAGUCGCUGCCGGUGGCCGAGAUCGAGAAGCAGCUGGCGCUGCACGAGCUCAUCCCGGCCACCACCUACCACGUCCAGCCGGCGUGCGCCAUCAUCGGCGAGGGCCUCACCGAGGGCAUGGACAAGCUCUAUGAGAUGAUCCUGAAACGCAGGAAGUCCCUCAAGCAGAAGAAGAAGCGCAGGGCCAGAAGUUCAGGCUGCCCCGCCCUCACCUGUGAGUUACCUGAGGUAUGCAACUCCCAGAACCCUGGGUGUCCCCAGGUGGGGGGCAUGUUGGCAGCGGGAGGUGCUGGGGGAACCACCGCUCCUUGCAUCCAUGGGCGGUGGAAGCUGGAUAAUUUUGUGUCACAGGGCAGGACCCUGUUGAAAUUUCACUUGUCCUGCUCUGGGCCCAAACGAGACGGUGGUUUGGGCUAUCAGAGGACUGCCUGGAACAAUACACAGCCCCAGGGCAUGGGUUGCUGCACCAACCUUGGCUGAGGGAAUGGCCCCAAGAUGCCCCUCUCCUGGUGAUUUGUGGUGGCUACGGAACCAGUUUUGCUGAGAACCGCUUUUCAGCCUGGAAUCGAGACAUCAUCCAGAUGGUUUGGACCUGUCCAUGUGUAGGUCAUUAUCACACAAAGAGACCAAUUAAAAAAAAAAAAAAUAAAUAAAAUAAAAACUGUUGGAGGUGGUGGCAAAUGAUGCAUUUACUGUUUGCAGGAUAGCUAAAGGUGUUUAAAGGGUAAGUAAGGCUCUGGAUGUAAAUGCUGGAUGGAUGUGUGUGUGGACACAGGGACCUCCCUCUGUACUGUGUCGUUGACAUAAAUAUCUAGACCCAUAUGUGUGGAAUCUUAAGUUCCCUUAGCCUACUGAUUGGUUUGUGUGAGCACACCAGCUGCAGAUGUGUGCUGAAUUGCAAGAUGGUUUUUUACGAGGGAUGUCUCAUACUAACCGCCUGAUGAUGGGUUUUGGUUUUCAGACAUGUUUAAAAAAAAAAAAAAAAACUUAUACAAAUGAAUGCUCACCUUAGAAAUAUUCACCGUAGGAAAAAAAAACACUUUGCUCUGCCCUUUUAUAUCCCUUUACGCUGCAAGUGGCGAGAUGUUCAAAUUUCUAAUUGGGUUCAUUGAGGUCUACCUUGUUUAGGUAUUUUAUUAAAAAUGUGUCAUUAGAGUAUUUCAUGUCAUGCACCACAAAAUAAAACCCCACCUUGUUGUAAAAGCUGACCUUGUUGCAUGGAUUUAAAAGCGAAGGAAAAGUACCAGGAUGAGGCUCUUCCUAAUUCAUCCUUGUGGGAACUGGCCUGCGUAGCAAAUGCAAACCACAGUGGGUGCUUGAGAUAAAACGCAAGCGUGUGACGUUAUGGUCACCUGUGCCCCGGCACUUGACAGUGUAGUUGAAAGAGGCUUUGGGAAAUAAAGUAAAAGAAUAAAUAUUUUUUAAUAAUGUAAUUUAAAUAAAUUUUUUAUAAUCAGGACUGAGUCUUGGUUUGCAAAAGCUGUCAUUUUACCCUGAGACACAGUAUCAGAAGGGAAACUUAAGCUUACUGUCCGAUUUUCAUUUCCUCUUUGAAUCCAUGUUCACAGGUAGAAUUUUGUGUUCCCCCCCCCCCCACUGUCAUGAGUUAAUUCACGAAGGAAGCCUAUUGAAAUGGGGCAUGGUCGUGCUUGAACACGGGAGUUAGUCAAAUGAUAAAGUCGUGCCUGUUGUCCAUUGCACUCAGAAAGUUCAUUUACGAACCAGAGAUAUAUUCCUGGCUUCCUGUUUGAAACCCAGUUCUUAUAUGAGAUAUUUUGAAAGAAGGAACCUAGCAACCCAUCUUCUUUUCUCCUUUGUCAGUGUAUUUGGUGCCCCUCCAAUGGUGGUCUUUUGUAGAAACUCAGUAGAGAAAAUAUAGCUAAGCGGUAUUGAAAAGCCUGCAAGGUUUCAGUUUACAUAUCAACAGCAUAUCCACUGAUUUCUAAAUGGGCUGGUCCCAUCAUUGAAGACUCUGUAUAGAAUUAUUUAAAAAAAAAAAAUCCAUCCUCUUUAUUUUCUUCACGUGCAACUAUUUCUUAAGCACUUUGACAUUUUGGUAGUUCCACACUAUUGAGAGAAUAAUAUAUUUAUUUUGUGACAUUGCAGAUGCCAAAUACUGUAACCUUCUCGUGCUCACCAUUCUUAGGCUCAAGAUCACUGUUCAAAUCCUGCCAUGCUUCACAAAUGAUGCGAAAUGAUUUUUGUUUUCUUGCACUAUCAACACUUAAAGGGUGCAGUCAGCUGUUAGUAAUUGUGUAGUAAAGUAAAACCCUGUGGUGUCUCAACUAAUAGUUAAGGAGUCUCAGUUGAUUUCUAUAAUGUUUGACCUAAUAAUAGCCCAUCUCAUCUCUGAACAAACAUCAUGUCAUCUUGGAGGCGUCCGCCCAGAGGUCCCCUCCGACCUAGCGGUCAGGGAUUUAGGAUGCCUCCUGCCCUUGGGAGAAUGCGUGGAUAUCACAUGGAGGAAGUGGGCCUCCCCACAGCAACUUGUGAAGUGUUUUCUCGCAGAUACAGGGAGGCCAGCUUUGUUUCAGAACAAUUCUCUUCCCCCAUUCUCUGUCAUGGUGUUGGGACUGUGUCUCCUGGCUGUUUUCAUUUCUACUGCUACAGUUCUGUCUUGAUCCAUCCUUCCUCUUCUGUCCCCGCUCCCUUUUAUAUGCCUAUAUGAUGCUGUGAACAGAAAUAAAUUAUUUA